GUGCCUCGCGUAGCCGUUCCCGGCGCAAGCGCAGCCGAUCAAGGGCGCGCAAAGAGAAUCGCAGCCGGUCAAAAAACCGUAGAUCAAAGUCGAGAGAUCGUAGACGGCCGUCCUCCGACGAGAGCGCCUCGCCCCGAAAGCGAACGCCCUCGCCGAAGCGGCGGGCGGCGGCUUCGAGGUCUAAAUCUCGAAGAGCCACUCGAAAGCAGCAGAGGUCGAAAACACCCGAGCGGGUGCCGCCUACCAGCUUUGCAGAUUAUGAACCUGCUCCUGAUGGUAGCGGCUGGUAUGUCUACAAGAAGAUGAGCAAGUGGAAAUUUCACCCAGAAACUGGGCUCUACCUCCACAUCAAGAGUGGAGUUUACUACAUACAGAAAGAGGGUGACCCCAAAAAUUUCCGGAAGAUCGAUGAUGACGAUGACCCCAUCGUCCGAAAAAUGAAGCAGUCAGAAGAGAUGCGGAGGGCCAUCCAGUCUACAGAAUUCGUGCAUUUCGGGGAGGGCGCUGCAGCAGCUGCGCCGCGCGCCAUUCGGGAGGAUGGUGUCCCCGCACCUGUAGAAAUAGCACCAGCGCCCAAGCCGCCGGAAAAGGAGAAGCCUCCGGAAGAAAGCGACAAGAAAAUCGAAGGAAAAGUUCGGGAAUGGAAUGCAGAGAAAGGCUUCGGCUUCAUCAUUCCCCUUGUGCGGGAGGACGAAGAGGCUCCAAAAAGCAUCUUCGUUCACUUGUGGAAUGUAGUGGGCAGCACCAGCAAGAAUCCCAUCAACCUCAGAGAGGGCGCGAAAGUCCUGUACAAGCUGGGGGAACAGGAUGGCAAACCUCGAGCGCAAGAUGUGGUGAUGCUCGGGAAGGAUGGUCAGCCCCUUCCCGUGCACGCGGGAGCGCAAAAUCUGGAGGAGAAGAGAAAGAGCUAUUUUGUGACGGCCGAGACACUGCGAGUUCGGGUCCACGGGGAGAGCUGGCCGGGCAAGCAGAUCGAGUUGCAGGAUCGCUUCGCUCAGGAUGAGGCCAUGGAUGAGCUCGGCGUCUACUUCGGCGUGUUUGACGGACAUGGGGGCGCGCAGGUCUCGGAGAUAGCUGCGAAGACCUUGCACCGGAACAUCCUGGCGUGUUUCCGGCAAAAGGCCGUACAGCCUGCAUCUCGGGACGAGAAGAUCAAGUUGGCCGUACGGGAGGCAUUUGCCCAAACCGACCGGGACAUCUUAGCCCUCUCCGAGAGGAAGAAAUUUGACUCCUCCGGCGCUACUGCCGUUUGUGCGAUGCUGCAUGGCAACCCAAAACUGGGUACUGCGCUGCGGCUGGUCUUGGCCCACAUCGGCGAUUCUCGGGCGAUUCUCUGCAGGGCAGGUACGGCGGUGCAGAUCACCGAGGAUCACAAGCCGGACCGAAUAGACGAGAAGAAACGGAUAGAACGUGCAGGAGGCUUGGUUCUGAACGUGCGCGGGGCUUGGCGCAUCGCCGCCCCUGCCAAGCGCGGGGCCUCGAAGUCCUCGCGCCGGGAAUACCAAGGCCUCUCCAUCACAAGGUCACUUGGGGACGCCUGCUUCAAAAACCCGGCGUUGUCAUCAGCAGACCCCGAGGUGCGGGUGCUGCCGAUUUCGGACAAGGACCUCUUCAUUGUGCUCGUUACGGAGGGGGUCACAAGAGUCCUCUCGAACCAGGAUGUCAUCGAUUGUGCCAGCAAGCACUGGGAUGAUUCAGAGGAGGCGGCAAAGAACAUCGUGCGGACGGCGUUCCAAGCCGGCAGCGACGAGAACUUGACCGCCUUAGUGAUUCAGUUCGGAUGGGCGGACAAGCACACACCCAGGUAUAUUGAGCGAAGAAAGCAAAUGGUAGCACAGGGCGUUGAUGGGGGAAGCCCCGUCAUGAAACCCACCGCGGAGCCCAGCAAAGAGGUUUUCAACGACAAAGCCGUAGAGAAGGAUGAUUUUGACAUGUUCGGCUGA